UUCAUCCAACGCUAACGGCACAUUGCCGGCUUAUUUCAUAAAAACCAGACAAUAUCCUACACACAGAACGGCUUGCGUUUCGUUUUUUCUACCUACUGCAUUUUGUAAUCGACUAUACUCAGACCCUUUUCCUGCUUUUCCAUGAGGACCAUAUAUUACGUUGCAUUUCAUUUGUUGGUUGCUGCAGGGUUUCUCAGCCCAGCAGCAGCGAUCGUGGAUGAUCCAGACGUGGAGAUAACGGAAGAUCUGUUCAACAAACCACUCAACUUUACGGACGCAAAUGCCGUUGCUAAAACCGGACCUAAGCUAUGGCCAAAUCCUGCCGCGAUCCCUUAUUACUUAAGCUCAUCUGGUCUUAAUCAAUCAGAACGGCAAAUGGUUUUGAAGACUCUUCGCACAAUGGAGAGACUGACGAAAGGUUGCAUCUUGUUCAAGCCCCGAACGUACGAAACUGAUUACCUGCACAUUCAAGGCAGCGGCUACGGCAGAUGCACCGCAGACCUUGGACGCACCGGCUACUUGCAAGAUAUCUACCUGGGCAGUCCAUCGAAUGUGUCACCGUACUCCAGCACAUGCUUCAAUCCAGGUGAAAUCAUGGCGGCUCUCAUGCGCUCCCUGGGCUUUGAUUACGAACACAAGCGCCCAGAUCGCGACCAGUACGUGGAAGUGCGCAACGACAGCAUCGACAGCGACUAUUACUACUCCGUGUAUCGGAUCAAUCCGUCGAUGUACACGUUCGGCACCAGGUACGACUAUCAGUCCAUCCAGCACGCCUUCGCAUGGGCGUACUCGCUCAGCCGCAAUCCGGCCAUGGUAUCCAGAAUACCCGUUCCGAAUGGUAUGGGACGGAGAAAAUCCCUUAGUCCGACCGAUGUUGCCAAAAUUAUGAUUGCUUACAACUGCCCGUUCAACGUCACGCGCAGUAAACGAUUCAACACCGAUGACGAAUUUCCCAAGUUCUCCUUGGAGAAAAUGACAGAGGAGGAGUGUGGCGCACAGUUCAACCGUUAUUGCAAAUCGGACAUCACAACCAUGGAUAACUGUACUUUGCGCACCGACUUCCGGGUUGUGUGCCGGGCCAACGCCUCGCUGCCCAUCCUGACGCGAAUGGCGGUGGACAUGGCUGAACCACCGCUGCGGUUGGUGAGCAUGGAUGUGGCCGAACAGCUUGUUGCCAGGUAUUCCUUUGCGCCGCUACAACGCCAAGUCGUCAAGCUGCAACUGCGCAACUGCAGCACCGAGCGCGUGACCGCGAGGCUGAUCGAGCUGAAUUUCACCAGUUUGCUUGAUUUUCAGCUGUACGACGCUCGGAGUUUGGUCAUCGAGAAGAAGGACUUCGCCACUUCGAAACGACUGCGAAUAGUUGUAUUUUACAAUACCACUCUAAAAACAUUGCAGCAGGGCACCUUUACCGAUUUACCAGACCUGCAGAUCUUGUCACUGGAAGCGCUGUUUGAGGAUCAAAAAUAUUACAAUUUCGAUCCGUCGUUCCGGAGCUUCUUGCGUGAUCUUCACUGCAGCUGCAAAUUUGCGUGGUAUCGGACUUGGUGGCAAGCCGAUAAAAAGCUGCGAAUCAGGGUUGACGCCGGCGAUGUGUAUUCGUUCGAUGCACGUUACAUUGAAUUACUUCUCGAAAGCUCUGAAUUCAACAAGGAGGAUCUUUAUCAUCCAGUAAACUGUCGGGCCGAACCGUUCCCUUUCGGCACGGAAUGGAUUAAUUACUACACACAAAUUGAUUACUCAAUCAACGAGCCGCCUUGCAAUGCGCCAAAAGUGCACGGAAGCAACGCAAUCACUUCUACCAAAGUCGCCACGGUUACGAAAUCACCAUCAUCUGCAAAAACCACUCCACCAGUCACCUUUUUGUCUGCCAGCGAACCAAAUCCAGCGGAAAACUUAGCUUAAGCUACCUUUUCCUCCACGAACGAACGGAUUCUUCAGGAAAGCGUGACAUCGUUGAAUUACUGUAUACCGAUACUCCUAGUCUCCUACAAGCGAACCAAUUCCUACAACCUCGGCUGAUCUUUGAAUGUACACGACAAGCAGAUACUGUGUUUAAGUAUCUGAACUUCUUAAGCGAUUUUUUGUUAUUGAUUUCUGUUGUCUUUACCACCUAAAUCACCACCAUAAAGGUUGCCGGCGCUGCACGAACUGGGCAGGGUUAUCACAGUCAUAUUUUCGCUGGCCACCAUCACAAUUAUGAAGUAGCGCACAGAUAUUGGUUUUUCUUAUGCCCAUUUUGAAUUGCUUUGCACCUUUUUGGGAAAUUUCGACGACUUUAUCAGAACAACUUCC